UGAACGCCGUGCUCCCUCUUCCGCCCCGUCACCCUGUAGGACACGCCCUCUCCCUCGAGGCAGGCCUUUGCGCCCAUCUGGCCAGCCAGAGUCACGCCAACCCUCAUUUCCUGGCGUGCGUUCCGUUCUGGACUGCUUCACGCACUGAAGGAGAGAAGAGGAACCCCGGCAUCAAGGCAUCCUCGCUCAGGCGUCAUCACACGCACACUUAGCCACCUCUUUCCAUUUAUCUUGCCCUAGUAUUGAGCAGUGCUCCAACCCGAACCCUCUAGUCAUCAUGCCUGUGGUGUCAAGGCCUCAACGGACCGAAGCGAUCCAGGCGAAAUACAAUGUCACAAUAGACUUUCCCCACCUCGGCCUGCAUUCUGCGGCUGCUAACGGUAAUCUGGGACUGGUGAAAUAUGCCCUCGAGCAUGGGCAACCCAUCAACUCUGUCCUCGACGGUGUGCUUCCGCUGCACGUUGCGUGCUCCGGGGGCAACGACAUGGUAGUGCGUCUCUUGAUUGACAGAGGAGCGGAUGUGAAUGCGCCACGAUUGCCUCGGCGAUAUUCGAGCGAGAAGAGUCGCGAUGGGUCACAGCCUAUUGUGGGGACUUCUGGUUCUACUCCGCUGCACUUUGCAUGUGCCAAUGGUCACCUCUCAAUUGUUCUCAUCUUGCUUAUGCAUGGAGCGCAUCCUGAUCGUGCCGACAAGCACGGAACGACUCCGGAGAUGCUGGCCCGCCAGAACGGAUUCGCAGCAUGCGCCGAUGUGCUCCAACAGUGGUCGCACAACAAAGACAGGGACCUCAGGGCGAAAGACGAACUCACCCUUUCUCAGAACAGAGACUCGGGUGCGGGAACUCCUGGCGAGACGCAUCCGUAUUGUGGAAACCUCGAUUGCCGCAUAUGCGCAGGAAGGAAGAGGCUUCGUGUGAAGAAGUCCAUUGACAAUGCCCUCAACAUGCUAAAGCCGUCGUCUUCACACGUGCACUCGCCUUCUCAUCUAGACGAACCUGUCCACGUCCUUGAGACCAUUCUUGCGUCUCCUGUGAUGCCAGCGGAGACAUUAGGCGAUACUUCUCUUCACUCCAUUGUGACCCCCACUACGGGGGCCGAUCACUUCGCACGUCGACCAUCACUUCCUGACGUAGUUAAUUCCCAGCAGUCAGACCCUUCCAUGCCACAGUCGCAUAGUCACAGCUCGAAGACGAGGCGUCCUCGAUCUGCUGAUACAGAUGCAGACAAUGCAGCCCAUAAGGUGAAGGGCAAAAUUUCUCUACUCAACCUAUUCAAGAAGAGUGCUAGCGAUGCUGCCACUCCCGAUACUUCAUCUAGCAACCUGUCCUCAAACAAAGCCAGCACGUUGAAGUCCUCGUCUCCAUCUCCUGUCCCUUCACAAUUUGCAGGCCUCACUUCACCAUUUUCCACCGACACUUCAUCGAACAGUGCUGUCGAUCUAUCCGGAGACGGCUCCCCCGUUGAUAUUAGCACUUGCAAGCUGGCACGUGGACGACUGUACAGCGCAGGCGAUGUGCUGACCACGCUGCAAUCUUCACCUUCGACUGCUCUGCAUCGUGCACAAUCGGAUGAUCGUUUGAGGGCCCACUCGAAUCCAGCGAGCUUCAUGUCACUCGAAGCUAGCGGUGCAGCAGCCACUGUCAGCACUGGACGACAGUCGACUCGACCUACCAUCCUGCGUCCACACCAUAGAUCGGUCUCUUCCGAGCAAGCGCAGAUAGGCAUGCGUCGCUCGGGCUCCGUGGGACCACCUUCAGCACGCGCUCUUCGCUUUGAUUCGACGUUCUCCGCGGCUUCCGCUAUAUCCAAGCGCCACAACUUGCAUCGACAGGCAAGCCACAGUCCGGCGAGGGGCCUCAAGUCCGUCCAUAGUAUCAAUUCUAUCUGUGGUUCCAUCACUCCAGACAGUCCCCGCUCGCCGCUGGGAAGGACUCCGGAAGUCGAUCCGACGGGACGUAUAGCCGAGCAGGUCGAAGAGCUUGUGUCGGCGCGCGCUUUGGGCCAGGAUGAAGACGAAGACGAGCAGUACGGCAUAGUUGUGGUGCCGGGAAGCAUGUCUUCUGACGCCAACGCUGACACAUCGGAUACCCUUGCGUUGCAUACCCAGUUGAGCGCGUUGAAGUUGGAAGGUCGGAGAAAAAAACAUUCUAUGCUUCCGACCCGGACGCCGUCCUCACCGCUGCCUUCGCCCGGCGCAGUUAUACCCUCGGCUCAGUUUGAGUACCCGUUCAGUAUCACCAGCCCGCCGCCUGAGGAUGUCGACUCGCCGAUGGUCGCAGAUUUCGCCAGCGCUCAUGGAAACGAGAACAGGCUGCGGGGCGAUUCGAUGAGUAGUAUGAGUACGACGACGACGAGCGGCUAUCUCACCACCCCUGGGCAGACCAGUGCACAGCUCCCCACGCCAUACAGUUCCUCGAAUGGCUCUACGCCACCGGAGUAUCCCGCGUUGGACUCGGAUGGAAGUGGACGCCACCAUGUUCGUCGGACGCCGUCGAGUUUGCGUGACGUAGAUCGAUCCUCCAAGUUGAAGGCUGCUCUUGACAUUGACAUACGCUCGAUAUCGACCCACGCCCAGGCAGAGGCGUUGGUGCAGCGUGCUCAGCGCAGCAUCCUUGACAUGGAAGAUAUCUUUGAGACGGACUAUAAUGCAGGCGAAGGAAAUGGCAUCGGCUGGACCCCGUUGAGCGCGGCUCUUGCUGCGUACGGCGAGAGCUUGGCUAUCGAGCGGAAGUUCAAGGAGGAGGAGGAGCGCCAGACGAGCACGUCGACCGCUCGCAGCGCGAGCCGUAUGUCUCAUGGCGUGCCAGAAUACCCAGAUGAAGAUGCAGACAGGAGCUCCAUUAUGCGCAGGCUGGAUAGGAAGUUUAGUCUGGAAGAGAAGUCGUACAGCAAUACGGUGAGACCAACGAGAGCAAGGAGACCAAAUACGAGCACUGGCUCAGCUGGAUCAGAGCUUUUCCAACCGCCGCGACAGGAUGGGUCACUGCCAUCGACUAACUAUCUCCCCACGUCCGGGUCUCAGGUCGCUACAACUGCAGCCCUGUCGGACGUGCGGUCCAGCAGCGACUUCGUCUCUUCGCUAACACCCCCGAAGGGGUCGCAUCUCAAUGUUAAUCCGGAGACAUAUGCCGACUCGAGGCCCAGGCUGUGCCGUUCGCGCACCCCUGAUCCUGAGAGCGACAUCUUCGGGCCUUCCAGUUUGCUCGCUGGCAUCCCGCUCUCGCGAGUAUCGACUGCACCUGCGCAAGACACGUUCCUCAGCCCGAAUAGGAGCUUGACCAUUAAGGAACGACAAGUUGCUCGUGCCACGAAGCUGGCCAAGAUGGGAUUCGCGUCUCCCGAUGCGUGGCAGAACACGAUGCCGGGUUCGCGAAGCCAGCUUGGUCAUAAACAGCGGUUUGCAGGAAUUAAGGGUUUCGUGCAAAGUUUGAAAGGGAAAUGAAAUCGUAAGUGGGGGCGUGGCAGUGGUGAAGAGGGAGAAGACUCCGAUGAGGCAUCGGAGGGUAGGCUUCUACCCGUGUCUGACCGAUCGCUAUUGGGAAUUGUUAUCGCUCGCCGAACGUUGUAUGUUUUUUGCUUUUGUGCUUCGUUCUGCUGUUGUCUUUCAUUUCUCAUAUGUACGAAAAGCGU